AAGUUUUAAGAACCCUGGGAGUUGCGUACGGGUGAAUACAAAGCAAAUGAUGGUGCGAAUCCGACGGUUGAUAGAUUGACGUCGUAAAUAUAUGUACGACUUAAGUUGACGCCUGACGGACAUAAGUGUCACAAAUUAGAGAGAACAACAAAUGGGAAGGAAGGAGAAACAACCUCCCCUUCAAGGAAUUUUGGGUUCUUCUUCUCCGGAAUCUUCCUCCUUCUUGUUUGAAUAGAAGGAAACAAUUCAGAAAAAUUAAGGGUUAAUCAGUUUUCAUUAUAUGGAACAAGAAUUUGCCAUGCUCAGACAGCUUCUUUCUCAGUUUCAUCAACUUUCUCAACUUUACGGCUUUCAUACGACACCGUUUCAUACUCUUCCCCACCCUCUUCUCUCUGAAUCUACGCCCAGAUGCUGUUUCCUUAAUCUGGAUGACAAUCUUGUGGAUGAAAACUGCAGUAGUGUUAUUAUGGCUGCUGAUAAACCCGAGCUUUUAAAAAUGGUCGAUCCUUAUAAGCCACCGCCAACUAAGAAAUCUCGAAAAGAACGAAAUCUUGGAAAACGUGCUAAAUCCUCAAAGCCUUCUGAAUACAUGAAUCAGGAACUCUGGAAGGAAUUACCUGAAGAUCUGUUGGAGGCAGUUGUUGCUAGACUUCCGAUCGCUACGUUCUUCCGUUUCCGAUCGGUGUGUCAGAAAUGGAAUUCCUUGCUUACUUCACGUAGCUUCUCGGAACACUGUGCCCAAGUGUUUCAAGCCCAACCUUGGUUUUACACCAUCACUCAUGAAAAUGUGAACACGGGGGCCAUUUAUGAUCCUUCCGGUAAGAAAUGGCGUCAUCCGACUGUCCCGUCACUACCUCCAAAGGUUAUCCUUCUGCCAGUUGCUUCUGCUGGGGGUCUUGUUUGUUUUCUCGAUAUAGGUCAUCGGUACUUCUACAUAUGUAACCCACUAACCCAGUCUUGGAAGGAGCUCCCUCCAAGAUCCGUCAAGGUCUGGUCCCGAGUUGCUGUUGGUAUGAUCCAAUACGGAAAUUUAUCUAACAGGGGUUAUAAGAUACUAUGGUUUGGCCGUGAUGGUGAAUAUGAAAUUUAUGAUUCUCUGAAGAAUUCGUGGGAACGCUCAGGGAAAUUUCCCUCGGGAAUCAAGCUUCCACUUGCGCUGAAUUUCAGAUCACACACAGUGUCAAUCGAUACCACAAUUCACUUUAUGUGUUCUGAACCGGAAGGGAUUGUGUCCUACGAUAUGGUGAGCGGGACUUGGAAGCAGUUCGUCAUCCCAAACCCGCCAAACUCGACUGACCACAACCUUGCAGAGUGUGGAGGCCGAAUCUUUCUGGUGGGGUUGCUGACAAAGAAUGCCGCCACUUGUGUGUGCAUAUGGGAGCUUCAGAAGAUGACGCUCUUGUGGAAGGAGGUUGACAGAAUGCCAAAUGUCUGGUGCUUGGAAUUUUACGGAAAGCACGUGCGGAUGACUUGUUUGGGCAACAAGAGUUUGCUCAUGCUGUCGCUGCGAUCUCGACAAAUGAACCGAAUUGUCACCUAUGAUGUGGCAAAACGGGAGUGGCUGAAGCUACCUAAUUGUGUUCUUUCGCGUGGGCGGAAACGACAAUGGAUUGCUUGUGGAACUGCUUUUUACCCUUGCCUUACGACAGUUCCUUGAUUGUGCAUGUAUCGGUUUACUUACACGUAACUCCCCACGAUGUAGAUUAUGUAAACACCGGAGGUUCUGGUUCCCGCUCACUAUGGUAAGCUACUAACUACUUAUCUAGUUCGGUUUCCCUUUUAAAUGGAACUUCUUUAUUCAACCAAACAAAUUUUGGCGCAUCCUGUGAAGCGAAACAACCCACAAAUUCUUUUCUUCCUUGCCUAGUAUCUUCCACGUUUUCAGGUGUUGAAGCUCCGAUAUCCUGCAGAUUUUCGGCUGCGACUUAUGAAGAUCUAGUCUCAUUGCUGCAAUUUGCAAUUGCACCAUCCUUGUCCAAAUUUAUGAAUAUGUGAAGGAUUGUUGUUUUUACUUUCAUUGCGACAAAAUCAGACGAUGUCUUGUAAAAUGCUAGCAAUUAUUCGUUUUGGCACUCUGAUUGUUUGCUUGUGUAGUGAUUUUAAAGUUGCGACUGUGAAACUAGUUCUUAUCUUAUCGUUUGAGGCAAGGCUCGUUAAAUAUUAUUGUGUUUCUA